UGGAAACCUUCGUCCCGACCCGGAGGAGACAAUCGAGUCCGAUUUAGCCGCAGAACCCGAAGCCGAGACACUUCCAUGGGCUCAUUGACGACGUCACGCUCUCAACCGUCCGCGCGCGCGCUCCCAGCCGUUGACGUUCUCACCCCGCCAACCGGCCGUUAACGGCUCCUCGCGGGGCCUUGUUUAUAUUGUGCAGCUCGAAGCGGAGAAACAGGCCCGACGGCGCCGCUCGCGCUUACGGACGGCUCGGUUCUGGAGUGUGUUGCGCGCGCAUCGGACCUUUAACUCACCAAAGAAUAUGACCCAGAAGCAACAAUGACGUCCAGAUUUGGUAAAACCUACAGCAGGAAGGGGGGGGAGGGCACGUCCAAGUUCGACGAGGUGCUGUCCACCAAGAGGGGCACCCUGAGCACCAAAUGGGGCGACACCACCUACAAGGCCAAGGUGGGCGCCAAGCGCGCCGGCGCCCCCAAGAACGACUCGGUCCUGGAGGUCUACAAGAGACCCCGUCCGAGCGCGGACGGCUUCGAGGACCCGUUCGGGUUCGACAGCGACGAGGAGUCCAAGCCCGUUUCGUCUCGCGGCGGAAACAAGUCGUCGCCCGCCAAGCCCGGCGCCGCCGAGCCCCCCCGGGCGGAGAGACCGGGCCUCUCCCUCCAGGCGGCGUCCCGGCCGGCCGGCGACAGGAAGCAGCCCGGGCCGCUGGAGGACACGGCUCGCUUCUUCAACAGCAGCAAAGCAGAGCCCCCUCCGGCGCCGUCGGGGAGCCUGAACAUCUACUCGUGGUACCAAAACGCUUCUGAGAGCGACAAGAAGCCGCUGGCGCAGACCACCACCCUGAAGACCACCGCCCCGAAGACCCCCACACUGAAGACCCCCACCCUGAAGACCACCGCCCUCAAGACCACCGCCCCGAAGACCGGCUCCAAGGCGGAGUCCGCCUACGACUCCUGGGACGCCAUCAUGGGCCUCGGCCCGCCCUCGCCCGGCCAGCAGCCUCGUGACCCCGCCCCCACGCUGUCCUGGGCCACGGCGGGCGUCGCGGUGGGCGGCCCUGGCCUUGGGCCCCCCGCCCCCCCGCGGCCCCCCGGCGAGAGCGAGGACCUCGGCGGCGACUCCGACUUCCUGGCGGAGACGUCCUCCCGGACGUCCUCCGGCUCGCCGCUCCUCAGGAACUCGAACUGUCGGACGUACCGGAGGCCCAGCAAGCGGGCCAAGGCCUCGGACGCCGCCGCCGAUCUUCCCAAACCCGCGUCCGAAGGCGGCGGUAAGGCAGCGGGCGGCGGGGGCCGGGGCCGGGGGCGGGGCCGGGGGCGGGGCCGGGGUCGGGGACGGACGAGGGACUUCACGGUGCUGCACCCCUCCUCCGUGUCCAUGUGCAACGUCACCAUCCAGGACCGCGGCGUGGAGGAGUUCAGCGCGGAGGCGGCGUCCUCUAGUGACGGCGGCGGGUCGGCGGGGUCCGGCAGCGCCACGGAGCUGGGAGAGGAGGCGUGGCCACGCAAGAAGGAGGAGCUACACCACACCAGGUGUAAACCCACUCAGAAGUCCAAGAAGGGCCUGAAGGACCUGAAGGACCUGAAGCCGGACCUGAACCCGGACCUGAAGGACCUGAAGGACCUGAAGCCGGACCUGAAGGACCUGAAGGACCUGAAGCCGGACUUGAAGGACCUGAAGCCGGACCUGUUUGGCUUCGAGGCCGGCGGCGCCCACCUGGAGGAGAGCGGGGGGGACAGUGCUGACGGGUCGUCCAGCUACAAGAUCCAGUACUUCGGCUUCGACGACAUGAGCGACGGGGACGAAGCGGAGGCGGAGGAGGAAGAGGAGGCUAGAGAGAGGAGGUGCGCCAAGAAGGCCGCCGCGGCCGCCGAGAGGGAGAGGAGCGCGGCGCUCGCCGCUGAAGAAGCUCUGACGGAGGAACCGCCCGACCCCUUUGAGAACCUGGAGAGACUGGAGAACCUGGAGAGGCUGGAGAGGCUGGAGAGGCUGGACCGACCGGUCCAGGAGAGCAAGAAGAACUCCGAGAGCCGGGGCCGAGCAGACGCCACGGACUUCCCCGAGGACGGGCUCAGGGCGGCGGCCCGGGCGCCCAGGAGGCCGUCGCAGGGCAAGGCCGCCGAGAAGAACCCCGACACCUUCAGGAGGAUCUUCAGCGCCCACAAGAAGUCUCCCACCAAAGCCGUGUACAACGCCAGACACUGGACGUUGGAGCGGGAAGAGGAGACUCCUCCCACUUUCCUGGGCCGAUCUCACGCCCCCGCGCCGGUCUCGGCGGGCGGGUCGAGGAAGGAGCCCGCCGACGCCCAGAAGGAUGACGGCGUUUUCAAGGCUCCGCCCCCUCCUCCCAAGGUCACCAAGUUCGUGACCUUGCCCACGGACCUGUACCAGGACACCAUCACGGCGCUCAAGUGCCGCAAAGAGCACAAAGAGCUGUACACCGUGGUGCAGCACGUGAAGCACUUCAACGACGUGGUGGAGUUCGGGGAGAACCAGGAGUUCACCGACGACUUUGAGUACCUGGCCACGGGCCUGAAGAGCGGCCAGCCGCUCAACACGCGCUGCCUCAGCGUGAUCAGCCUGGCGACGCGCUGCGCCAUGCCCAGCUUCAGGAUGCACCUGCGGGCCCGAGGGAAGGUGGCGCAGGUCUUCAAGACCCUCAACGACGCCCCGCAGCACCCGAACCUGGCCCUGUGCACGGCCUCCCUGAUGUACAUCCUCAGCAGAGACCGGCUGAACAUGGACCUGGACCGGUCCUGUCUGGACCUGAUGAUCCGGCUGCUGGAGAUGGACCUGGACCAGGACCACGGGGGCGGAGCCGGGCCGGACCCGGGGGCGGACCCCACCUCCCAGUUCAGCGCCAGAGAGGUGGCCAAGAUGAAGGAGAAGAUCCGGAAGCUGUGCGACACGGUGCACAACAAGCACCUGGACCUGCAGAACAUCACGACGGGCCACCUGGCCAUGGAGACCCUGCUGUCCCUCACCUCCAAGAGGGCCGGAGACUGGUUCAAGGAGGAGCUGAGGCUGCUGGGGGGCCUGGACCACAUCGUGGAUAAAGUGAGGGAGUGUGUGGAGAACCUGAACCAGGAGGGCGAGAAGGAGAAGCUGGUGUCGUCCCUGUGGGGCGCCGAGCGCUGCUUACGGGUGUUGGAGAGCGUGACGGUCCACAACCCGGAGAACCAGGGCUACCUGAUCGCCUACAAGGACUCCUCCCUCAUCAACUCCUCUGCCAAGGUGCUGCGGCGCUGUGAGGAGAUGGUCCAGCGGUACAGCAGGGAGCUGAAUGCAGACGGGGCCGUGGGCAAAGCCGUGGAGGACUGCAUGAGGGCCAUCAUCGGGGUCCUGCUCAACCUCACCCACGACAACGAGUGGGGCAGCACCAAGACCGGGGAGCAGGAGGACCUCAUCAUGACCGCCCUGAACUGUGUCCUCAAGGUGCCCCAGUUCCUGCCUCAGGAGCAGAGGUUUGACAUCAGGGUGCUGGGUCUGGGCCUGCUCAUCAACCUGGUGGAGUACAGCGCCAGGAACAAGCACUGCCUGAUGGAGAUGGAGAUGGAGGCGGGUCCCUGUGAGGCCACCGUCCUGCCGGACCCGGCCAGCACCGGCCCGCUGAGCGCCAUCGCUGCUCUGGUCCAGGUGUGUGUGUGUGUGUGUGGCGGCGUGCCUCUGGCGCCCCCGGUGGUCAUGCCGUGUGCUGCUCCUCCUCAGCUGUUCCUCCAGCGGGAGCGCGCCGCCGUCCAGGCCGAGGCGCAGACGGACGACCUCAUCAAGGAGGCGCCGAAGCCGCCGCCCGACAAGACCGGCCAAUGGCAGGAGACGGGGGGCGAGAUCCAGUGGGUCGCCAACGACGACCACACGGACCAACCGGAGGACGAGAAGAAGGAGGAAGAGAAGAAGGAGGAAGAGAAGAAGAAGAAGGAGGAGGAGGACGAGGAGCUGGACCUCAACAAAGCUCUGCAGCAUGCAGGGAAGCACAUGGAGGACAGCAUCGUGGCCUCCUACACAGCACUGCUGCUGGGCUGCCUGUGUCAGGGGAGCACGCUGAAUGUGACGACUGUGAGGGAGAACCUGCCUAAAGGAGACUUCUCCAUCAUGACAGAGAUGCUGAAGAAGUUCCUCAACUUCAUGAACCUCACUUGUGACGUCGGCACCCCGGGUCAGAAGUCCAUCUCCAGGAUCAUUGACUACCUGGAGCACUGCUAGACACACACACACACACACAUAACCGUCUUCAUCCUCCUCAUCCUCCAGUGGACGGAUCUUCUUUCCCCGACGUUGACUCGAGUUGAACGGCCCUCCUACCCCCCCCCUCCUCCACCCCCCAUCUUCAUCUUCGCUCCGCUCGCCAAAACCACUCUGGUGGUUGACUCUCCUCCUGACCAAUCGGUGCUCUCCACGCUGUGUUCUCCUUGUUGUUCUGCCACUGACCUUUGACCCGUCGGGUAUUGAUCCGCUCCGAGGAGUUCAGCCCCGAGUCGUCUGUGGACUUAAGGUGGUAUUUUCUCUUAAGGCGGAGCGGCUGGUAAACACCGUUCAGCUCUUGAAGCGGUUUCUCCCAGCAUGCCGAGCGCUCUCAACACGCCUCAGACUGAACCCCCCCAUCACAGCCGGGCCGAAGGUCAGAGGUCAAGUUGGGACCUUCUUCCUCAGCUGGAGGUCUUUCUCCUCCUCACACGAUUCUGUCCAAAGUUUCCCAGGAUGCAUUUCUUCACGGUCACCAUGGCGACUGGGAGAGGAAGGCUCCACCAGCUCUAUUCUUGAUCGCUCAGCUCCACGUCUCUGAGGAAGACGAGCUGCGAGGAAGAGGAAACGAGUGGAUGAUGUCAUGUUCUGAUCAGCACGUCGCCACAUGUUGACCUCUCAGUUCAAAGGUCGCCACAUGUUGACCUCUCAGUUCAAAGGUCACCACAUGUUGACCUCUCAGUUCAAAGGUCGCCACAUGUUGACCUCUCAGUUCAAAGGUCGCCACAUGUUGACCUCUCAGUUCAAAGGUCGCCACAUGUUGACCUCUCAGUUCAAAGGUCGCCACAUGUUGACCUCUCAGUUCAAAGGUCGGCACAUGUUGACCUCUCAGUUCAAAGGUCGCCACAUGUUGACCUCUCAGUUCAAAGGUCGCCACAUGUUGACCUCUCAGUUCAAAGGUCGCCACAUGUUGACCUCUCAGUUCAAAGGUCGGCACAUGUUGACAUGUUGAAUAUGUUUGAAUCACAUUUCAUCAAACAUGUUCUACAUUGUUCCUCUGUGCUCACACACACACACUCAUACUCACACACACACUCACACACACUCAUACUCACACACACACACUCACACACACUCAUACUCACACACACUCAUACUCACACACACAUACUCACACACACUCAUACACACACACACUCAUACUCACACACACACACACACUCAUACUCACACACACACUCACACACACUCACACACACACUCAUACUCACACACA